CCCCAAAGACGUUGUUAGAUAAGGUUGUUACUCUUAGUGGACUCUGGCGGCAGAAGUUGUCAGUGAAUGUGACGCGGUUGUUCUGAAUAUAUAGCUUUGCCGAUAUAACGAUUACCUAAAAAAUACCUGCAAAUUACACCAUGGGAGACCAAGUUGUUGUAGGAGAUAUUUACGACGAGGUGGAAGAAGAUAGCUUUUUUCAAGAUGUUGAUAUGCUUCAGUCUUAUGGAAUAAAUGUUGCAGACAUAAAAAAAUUAAAAUCUUCUGGUAUAUGCACCAUUAAAGGCAUUCAGAUGUGUACUCGCAAGAAGUUAUGUAAUAUACGGGGAUUUUCAGAAGCCAAAGUAGAUAAAAUAAAGGAAGCAUGUGCUAAAGUUGAUACAGGGAUCUUCCUUACAGCACUUCAAGUUAGUGAUCAACGGAAACAGGUGUUUCGUUUAAGUACUGGCAGCCAGGAACUGGACAAGCUUCUUGGAGGUGGCAUUGAAUCCAUGGCUAUCACUGAGGUGUUUGGUGAAUUCCGCACAGGCAAGACACAGCUAUCACACACACUGUGUGUCUCGGCUCAGAUGCCUGGAGAAAAUGACUAUAUGGGUGGAAAAGUCAUUUUCCUUGAUACUGAGCAUACUUUUCGUCCAAACCGUCUACGGAGUAUUGCAGAUAGAUUCAAUCUUGAUCAAUCAGCUGUGCUAGACAAUGUUCUGUAUGCCCGGGCUUAUACAAGUGAACAUCAGUAUGACCUCCUGGACUACGUCGCUGCAAAAUUUCAUGAAGAGGCAGGUGUCUUCAAAUUGCUGAUUGUAGAUUCAGUGAUGGCGCUGUUCCGAGUAGAUUUCAGUGGACGAGGAGAGUUGGCGGACAGGCAGCAGAAGCUGGCACAGUUAAUGUCUCGACUGCAGAAAAUAUCAGAGGAAUACAAUGUAGCAGUAUUCAUAACAAAUCAGAUGACUGCUGACCCAGGGGCUACUCUUAUGUUCCAGGCUGAUCCAAAAAAGCCUAUUGGAGGCAAUAUUUUAGCUCAUGCUUCUACCACUCGAGUUUCUUUAAGGAAGGGAAGAGGUGAGACAAGAAUUGCUAAAAUAUAUGACAGCCCAGACUUGCCUGAGAGUGAAGCUACAUUUGCUAUAACAGCGGGUGGAAUUGCUGAUGCAAAGGACUGAAUUAAUGUAACUGGUUCAAAAGUGUUGCAGACUAUUUGCAGGUUUAGAUUUAAUUUCAAUGACGAAUUGCAUUUAUAACAACAGAUUCAAUUACUGUUUGUCUUUUUAGUCAUGACUACUGGUGUGCACAUAAGACUAUAGGAAUGUAGAGAGAUGUGGUAUGUCUGAACAAAGAACUGAAAAAGAGAACUGUGAUGCAUAGCAGGGAAAUAUGUUGACACUCUCACUGCCUCUGCUUGGCUAAACCACACAGCCCUUUGAUACCUACUCUCUCUCAGUGAACUAGAUCAGAUCUACUCUGUGUUCAGGUGACAUUGGCCAUGCCUAAAAUUGAUACUAUACUCUGUCUGCAAAGACCUUAGUUGGAGUCACAAUUCUAUCUGUAGUUAUUAUCCAUAUGCUAACAAAUUAAUGCUAGUAACUUCAUAUUUUCUUGAAGACCAUGUAACUCUUACAAAACUGCGUUACACUUGAGUUUUUGUUGUAUAAUCCAUAAUACAUAUAUUUUUCACUGAGCUUUUAUGUAACAUGAUAUAAUUGUAAAGUAAAACUGCUUUCCAAUAAUUUGAAG